AUGAUUAUUUUGAAUAAAACAACCACUUGUCGCGCAAUAAAGAGGCGAAUUUUGAAGAAGUCAACACGUUCAAAUUAUAAAUAUGUGAAACUUGUACGAAAUGCAACAACAUCUACUCAGAUCAGUCCUACGUCAAUAAGGCCUUUGAUCCUGCAGAUACCUCACUUUCCUUCAGAUCUCAGACCAGAUCCAUUUAUUCACAAUAAGGAAAAGUUUAUACUAAAUAAUCCCAUCUAUUUUGAUAAGUCGAAACCAGAUCAACCACAACCCAAAGAACAACCAAAAGAUAAAAUUAAAUCACCAUCAAAAGAUAAAUCUGAAAAUCUGGAAAAAUCACCACAAAAGAAAGAGGAAGAUUUGGAAAAGAAUAAGACGGAUGAAACACAAACAGAUAUAGUGGAACAAGCUGAAUCGAAGAUUAGUAUAGAUCCCAACACCCCUUCAACGAGUGGUUCGAAUUCUGUUUCUUCAAACAGUGGUAAUGACGGCAAAAACGAUAACAUCAACAACAACAACAAUAACAAUAACAAUAAUAAUAACAACAAUAAUAACAAUGAUAAUGAUAAUAAUGGAAACGAUGGCAAAGAUGAUCAACACUUGGUAAACUCCAGAACAGGAUUGUAUACGCCAUUCUUAGCAAUACCUAUGAAAGAUCGUCCUUGCUUACCCGGAAGAUACUGUACAAUAACUGUGACUGAUCCAGAAGUAAUAAGAUGUUUACAAGAAGUUGUCGAAACCAAAGAACCAUAUUUUGUUUUAUUUCAUGUAAAAGAUCCAGAUAACGAAGAUGCGCAUAUUGACAUCAUCAAAAAUAAGGAAUUUGUUCAUGAAAUUGGUACUUUAUGUCAAAUUGCAAAAGUAACCCCAUUAGAUUCAACUCAUGUACACAUAUUAGCAUAUCCACAUAGAAGAGUUAAGUUAGUUGAUUUGAGCACACCAAAACAUAAAAAUGAAAAUAUUGAACAACAACAAGAAAAUUUCCCUACUGCAUACUUGAAAAAAUUUGGCAUUUCAUACGCUGCUGUACAACCAAUAGAAGAUGAACCGUUUGAAAAAAAUAAUGUUGAGGUUCAGGCUCUCGUUGAAAGUAUUAAAAGUUUAUGUUCAAGUUUUUCGCCCAAUCCCUUGGCUGCAGAAGGUGGUAGAAAAGUUUUGAAUGAUCCAUCAAUGUUAGCGGACUACGUUGGUGGGUCAGUAUGUGGAGAUGCUAAACAAAUACAAGAAAUUAUGGAUAGUUUGGAUGUUCAAAAGAGAUUAGAAAAGACUUUGAAAUUAUUGAAAGUUGAAGUCGACGCUGAUGAAAUUAAAAGAAAAGCUCAUAUUAAUAUGAGAGAAAGGACUGAAAAGCAAUAUGCUCAAAUGUUGAUUAAAGAAUAUACCAAAGAAUUAUUAAAAGCAGCAGGAAUUGGAGAAAAUUCAAAAGCAACAAAAUUUGAUGAAAGAUUGAAGAAAUUGAAAAUGCCUGAGGAAGCUAUGGAAGCUUAUAAAACCGAAAGAGCAAGAUUAGGAACUCAAAGUGACAUGGAACUGAAUGUUGUUGAAAGAUAUCUUGAUUGGUUAACUCAAAUACCGUUUGGAAUAUAUUCGAAAGAUUCAUUCAAUGUGAAAAAAGCUAGAGAAAUUUUGGAUCGUGAUCAUUAUGGAUUGAAAGACGUUAAAGAUAGAAUUUUGGAGUUUAUUUCAGUUGGUAAAGUUUCAGGUAAUGUUAAUGGUAAAAUUUUAUGUCUUGCUGGCCCACCUGGUACUGGUAAAACUUCAAUCGCUAAAUCAAUUGCUGAAGCUCUUGAUAGAAAAUAUACUAGAAUAGCGGUUGGUGGUGUGCAAGAUGUUCACGAUGUCAAAGGUCAUAGAAGAACUUAUGUUGCAUCAAUACCCGGUAGAAUUAUCUCAGCAUUGGUAAACGCCAAAACAUCAAAUCCUUUAAUGCUAAUUGAUGAAAUUGAUAAAUUGGAUACAACGUCUCAUGGUGGUGCUGCUAGAGCAUUCUUAGAAAUUUUAGAUCCUGAACAAAACAAUGCUUUCGUUGAUAACUUUAUAGAAGUCAAAGUUGAUUUGUCAAAGGUUUUGUUUGUCUGUACUGCAAACUAUUUAGGUUCAAUUCCAGCUCCAUUAAGAGAUCGUAUGGAAAUCAUUGAAGUUAAUGGGUACACAAAGCAUGAAAAGAUCGAAAUUGCUACUAGACAUUUAAUUCCGGAGGCUUGUAAAAAAGUUGGGUUGCAACCUGGAUUAGUCGAUAUUUCAAGAGAUACAAUAGCGAGAUUGAUUGAUAAAUAUUGUCGUGAAAGUGGUCUUCGUCAUGUCAAAACUUUGAUCAAUAGAAUUUUCAGUAAAGCUUCCAUGAAAAUUGUUGAACAAGUUGAAGAACAACAACCUGAACAGGAAGAAAUAAUAGUGAAAGAAAUUAAAAAUGAAGAAGUGGAUAAGGAAGAAGUAAACGGAGAAAAGGAUGUGAUUAAAAAUGUCGAGCCUAUUGUUAAACCUGUAGCUAAUGUUGAAGCUGAGCUUACAACAAAAGAAGAACAAAAGUCCGAGGAAAAGAGCAAACCAGUUGAAGGUGAAAAACCAAAUGAAAAAGAGAAAUCAAGUGAAAAACCUCAAGAAGAGCUAGAAGAAAAGCCAUUAAAAUUAGAAUUGCCGGAUGAUAUUAAAAUUGAUGUCACUCCUGAAAACUUGAAAGACUUUAUUGGACCAGAAAUUUACACAAAAGAUAGAAUUUAUGAAACAUUGAAACCAGGUGUUGCAACAGGUUUGGCAUAUAACAAUUCAGGGGAUGGGGAUGCCCUCUAUAUAGAAUCAAUUUUAACAGAUUCUAUCAGUUCAGAUUUGAACAAUGCUGGAUUACAUGUGACAGGUUCCUUAAAAGAUGUGAUGAAAGAAUCGGCAUCGAUCGCUUAUUCAUUUGCCAAACAAUACAUGAUCAACAAAUUUCCUGAGAAUAAAUUCUUUGAAAAUGCUCAUAUUCAUGUUCAUUGUCCAGGUGGUGCUAUCCCGAAGGAUGGUCCAUCAGCAGGUAUAGCUUUCACAUCAUCAUUGAUUUCCUUAGCAUUAAAUAGAAGUUUACCAAAUGACACAGCAAUGACUGGAGAGAUUACAUUAACAGGUAGAGUUUUGGCAAUUGGGGGAUUAAGAGAAAAAACUUUGGGUGCAAAAAGAGCAGGUUAUAAUAAAAUAAUUUUCCCUAAGGAUUGUGAAUACCAAUUAGAGGAAAUUCCAGAUGAAGUUAAGGAAGGUAUUACAUACUAUCCUGUUGAAUGGUAUAAUGAAGUAUUUGAUCGCUUAUUUGAUAUUGAUCAAUCUGAAGGAAAUAAUGUGUGGAAAGAGGAAUUUGAAAAACUAGAAUCUAAAAAGAAAGCAAAAAAGAGUAACAAAUAA